AUGGUGUUGGGAGCUGUACUAUCUAUGCUACGCUAUGUAGCUGGUAGCGAAGACAGAGAUUUUGUAGAUCGGCUACACUCCUAUUUCACUUGUAAUAUACUGAUUGGUCUUGCUGUUUUGGUUAGCUUUAAGUGGGUACCGUUCUUUCUGCUUUUGGAAGCGGCCUGCUUUCGACUUCCAAGCCUUUUCUGGCAGUACCUCGCAGGCUACUCGGGCAUCAAGAUCCAUGAGGUAAUCAAGCUCUCAUCGGAUCCUAAUAACAUCAAGCCAGAUAUCAAAAGAGCCAAUAUAAAGUCUCUUACAGUGCACCUACAGGGUGCCUUACGCUUUCACCGACGGUUACAUAAAAAGCAAAUCCGCCCACAUCGCUUUCUUUGGCUGUUCAAUUUGGCCUACUCAGCAUUUUUUGUCACUUCAGUAUACUUAUUUACGAAAUUCUUCUAUCUAGCCAAUGUGUGCCUGCAGCUCUUACUCAUGAACAAAUUUCUCGAAACGGAUAGAUAUGCAUGGUACGGAUUUGGAGCAAUGAUUGAUCUCCUCAAUGGUACCACAUGGGAACAAUCCGGUGUCUUCCCAAGAGUUUCUCUAUGUGAUUUUGAUGUACGAGUUAUGGGAAAUGUGCAAGAGCACACUGUACAGUGUGUACUUGUUAUCAACAUAUUUAAUGAGAAGAUCUUCAUAUUUCUUUGGUUUUGGUAA